CAAAACUGGCACUUUGUAUUGUCACUUGUCAGUUGUCAUUUUAUUUGAAAGUUGUAUGAAAUGUUGAUAGGAAAUCAUGCCGUUUACCAAAAUAGUACACAAUAAUUGUUACAUGUAGGCUUUUAUGUACUGCUAAUAUAUUGUAUAAUUAUUAUUAUUAAUAUUGUAACUGGCAAAUAUGGCUAAGUUCCACAAUUACUAUGUUCUAUGUCCUUUAAUUGAUCAGAAAAGUUUUCUCGGCGUGUCCACGGAUAAAGACGAAGACUGUGUGAUUGUUACUCUAGGUCGUAACGUUGUUAAUAAAUACAGGCUAUCAGAUCAAAAACAAAUUGCUGGUUGGACAUCUAAAAUCCAUAUCACAUCUGCAGUGAUCUAUGAUGCAGAACCGGACAACUAUGUGGGUGUGUUUAACAACAACUUCAUUAAAACUUGGAAGGAGGAUGCCACCAAUUUGGACAAAGUUAAAAAGAUAAAGUUCCCAUUAAACAUUCUUAAACUCAUACCAAGAGACAACCAAUCACCACUUGUAAUAUUCAGCAAUGGAAACUGUUCAUCUCUCUCAUAUGCAAUUGAAAACAGAAAAACAUAUGAAGGGAAACCAUUGGUUAAAGAAACAGAAACAGUAGUUGAUGUUGCAUCUUAUACUCAUAAUAAUGAGAAUUAUAUUUGUUAUAUUGUAAAAAAUAACAAAGAUGCUUAUGAAAUAGUGAGUUGUCCUGUAAAAGAAGAGUUGGGAGAUCUUGAGAGAGCCAAACUGAAUAAAAUUAAGAUAACAAGAGAUGAUGUUUAUGUUGUUGGUAAAUUGAUAUGUGUGGAGAGAUGUUCUGUGUAUGUUUUAUGGAAUGACUCAAAAAUGACAGUGUAUAACUUAAUACAGAAAACAUGGAAUACUGUAGGGAAUGUGCCUUGGAUAUCAACACAGUCCAGUGUUUCACUAGCAUGGUUGGGAAAAUCACACCUCAUUUUAUUUGGAAGUAAUAUGGAUCAAGAUGGUGCCAUUAUUGUAGCAUAUAACAUAACUCUUGGAGUAGGAUCUUGCAGGUACCCUAUGAAGAUGUAUACUGAAGAAGCAAAGCUCUACUGCCUCAAUAGUAGAAUAAUCCUGGAAACCUCUAACCAUAUUGGUGUGUUACCAUAUAUUUUGGAAACAAAAAGAAAUCUGUCCAACCUUAUGGGAUCACAUGAAGUGACAUCAGAUGAGGUAACAGAAAUAGCUGACUGGGGAACACCUACCACUCCACAAUUUCAUGUAGAUGAAAAAUUGAAAGAUUUAAUAAAAUUUGGUCUGUCUGAAAGAAAUAUGUGUGCACAAAUAAUACCACCAUUAUUGGAGAAAGACAAUUUCCAAAGUGUAAUACCAGCUAUGAGGAAUUUCACUGACAUUCCAGAAUCCGUGUUAGUAGCUGUGUUGAAAUAUGCUAUCAAAUUAGUGAACCCAAACAAUGUAGAUGUAGCAGACUUUGAGAAAUUUUCGGAAUUCUGUAAAGAAAAUAAUGAGGCAGAAAAGAAAAAAUUUCAGUUCUUAAGUGAUGUUCUCUUGAUAACAUUCAGUGAUUCCUUAAUCAUACGGCACUUGAGGAAUGGACUAAAUCUAGAUGAUUCAUUAUUCCUCCUUUCAUACAUAACAUAUCUUAUAGUUACUCCAAAUAUAGAUUUUCAAAUAGACUAUGAAAGCAAAUUAUAUGACUGGUGUAUUCUAUUGAUGGAUGCUUUCUAUCAACAAUAUCUUAUGACAAAAGAUGAGAAAGUAAAACAUGUUCUGCAGAAUGUGUUGGAUGUCACUUCCAACCUAAUAGAGCAAUUGGAAAAUAUUAGUGGUGUGAUGGCUCAGCUAAACAAGCUCUUAUCUGGUAAACUUAUUCAAAAUAAUGAAGAGAGAUCUUCAUAUGUCAUUGAAUUGAUGGAAAUAUAAUUUUGAUAAUCUU